AUGCCUGUACCAAAUAGUUCAUAUCCGAUCCCUUUGAGAACAGUGUUGAAAAUAGCACCUGUGUGCAUGGUACUCACAACUUUGGGCACAUUGUUACCAGUGUGUCUAUAUGAUAUCCUGUACCAUUCUCAUGAGAGAAUCGAUAAAUUCUUUUGGAGAUCAAGCCGAUUUGAAAGAUUCAUCAGAUGCAGAGACAUGAAAUUGCGUACAUUCUGGUACGAAGCAAUGGAAUGGCAGCCCACUGGCAGAGAGAGCUUUAUUUCGACUAGACCACAAGUAUCUGAUCCUUGA